UUUUCUAUGCCCCUAGAAGUUCGAAAUCAAAGCAAAGUUUUUGAAUUAUUUCUGUUGAAACGUAUUGAUCGCGAUUGGAUUAAUCACAAACUUCCUGCGGACGAUAUUCCAAUACCACCAAAAGAAGUACCAGAACAAGACAGAGAAUUAAAUUUUCUUUUGGAAGCUAACGAAACUAAUUGGCAAGAUCAACGGCCUCCAAAUUUUUGUUUUGAUCAUCGUCAUUAA